UCCUUCACCAGAGAUCAAAUCCUAGCUGCCAAAAGCACCUCUCCUGGUGAGCACUGGAAUCCCAUUUCCAUAACUGGGAUCCUUUACAGUUAACAGCUAUAGGGCAGGGCUAACACACCCCAGAGAGGGAACUGUGCCUGGGGUGUAGAAGACCCCGUGGGGUGGGACCCCCCCGGGUGGGAAGCCCCCGAGCUCCCAGCUCCUGGUGGGUGUCCCAUCAGCAGCGGGGAGGGUCCCCAGGGGGGGAGUGUGGGGUGUCAACCUUAAACCCCUUCCCCUGGCAGCACUGGGGAUGUCUCAGUCUGCUGGUGCGGCUGAGGGGGACGGAGGGGCAGGGCAAGAGUUAACCUACCUGCUCUGCCAUCCCUCUUGGCUCCACCUCGGAGAACGAGGGGAGGGAAAAGGGAAAAAGUAGGGAAAAAAAAAAAAAAAAAAAGAAGAGGAGGAGGAAGAGGAGGAGGGCAGAGAGAAGCGCCCGGACCGCGGGCAGCCCCGGCCAGCAGCGGAGCGGCCGCCCCGUCCCACUCCCAGCAUGUUCCAGUGGAAGAAGACCAUCUACAAAACGGUUUGCCUCUCCUUCUUGCUGGUGAUCACGGUGACGGUGCUGCAACGGGGAAUGGCCCCCAGCCAGUUCAUGCAGGGCCAGCAGCAGAAAGAGCUGCCCCUUCCGGAGCCCCUGAAAACACAGAAGAGAGACAACGCCUUCUCCAUCACCAGCACUUUCUGGAAGAGCAAGAAGGAGAAAGCUCCUGUGAAGGAGGAGGAGAGCAUGAUGGCAAAGCAAGCAAAAUCCUGGGAUGUCACCACUACCAACUGCUCAGCCAACCAGAACUUCAGCAAGGUGGACUGGUUCAAAGGGCUGGAGCCCAAUUUCCAGCAGUUCCUGCUCUACCGACACUGCCGCUACUUCCCCAUGCUGAUCAACCACCCCGAGAAAUGCAGCGGGGACGUCUACCUGCUCAUUGUGGUCAAGUCUAUCAUCACGCAGCACGACCGCCGCGAGGCCAUCCGGAGGACCUGGGGCCAGGAGAAGGAGGUGGAGGGUAAGAGGAUCAAGACCCUGUUCUUGCUGGGCACAGCCUCCAAGGAGGAGGAAAGAGGCAACUACCAGAAACUGCUGGAUUACGAGAACCACAUCUAUGGGGACAUCUUGCAGUGGGAUUUCCUGGACAGCUUCUUCAACCUCACCCUCAAAGAGGUCCAUUUCCUGAAGUGGCUGAACAUCUACUGCGACAAUGUCCGCUUCAUUUUCAAAGGUGACGAUGACGUGUUUGUGAGUCCCAGCAACAUCCUGGAGUUCCUGGAGGACAAGAAGGAGGGAGAGGACCUCUUUGUGGGGGAUGUCCUCUACAAGGCCAAGCCGAUCCGGAAGAAGGAGAACAAGUACUACAUCCCCAGCGCCCUCUACAACAAAAGCAACUACCCACCCUAUGCAGGGGGUGGGGGCUUCAUCAUGGAUGGACCCCUGGCCAAGAGGCUGCACAAGACCUCGGAGACACUGGAGCUGUACCCCAUCGACGAUGUCUUCCUAGGGAUGUGCUUGGAGGUCCUUAAAGUAUCACCUGUUGGGCACGAGGGCUUCAAAACUUUUGGCAUUGUGAAGAACAAGAACAGCAAGAUGAACAAGGAGCCAUGUUUUUUCCGGAGUAUGUUGGUGGUUCAUAAACUGCUGCCUCCAGAGCUGCUCCAAAUGUGGGACUUGGUCCAUAGUAACUUGACGUGCUCGAGAAAACUCAACAUCCUUUAGCUCAGUCUCUCUGGAGAGCUGGGACUGGAGGGGCCAGGACAACUGAUCUCUGCUCCGGGAUGGGGUGAGCUUCUGCUGGUGGCACACAAGUCCUUCGGGGGCAUCUCCCUCCGGGGCGAGGAGGGCAGAGACACUGCGCUCGCGGGCAGGGUUUGCGAUAAUGUUUGUUCUUGUACUGUAAUGUGGUUCGCUUAUCUCCAGCUGGGUUGGGGGUUGCUGAAAAA